GCCAUCUCUAAGCAACGCUUCCUUUAGCUACAUUUCUAUGUUUGUGCUGCAGAUCCAAGGCAUUUGCUAUGGCAUUUGUUAGGGCACAGCCGGCCGCCCCUAACCCUAAGCCCCGCCUAACAAGCCACUAUUGACGCCCCAAUAAUAAAGCCCUAUUAUGUCCUCAGGGCUUAAAUCCAGCCCAGGAAGAACACGGGUCCGGAACGGAACUGCCAACUGCUCGUCCUACACGCGUGCCAAGAACCCCGCCUUGUUGUCUGACGUGGUCCAUUUUUGUAUAUCAACACCUAUUCCUAGCGGACUGUGCUGGCUUGAUUCUAAUUCUGGAAACCGAGUAAAUUCGAAACCAUGGCAGAUGCGUUGACAGAGGACCAAAUAGCACGAUUUAAAGAUGCGUUUGCAGUGUUUGAUAAAGAUGGAAAUGGCGAUAUCACCGCGGAAGAGCUUGGCGAAGUUAUGCACUCGUUAGGCCAGAACCCUACCGAAACCGAACUUCAAGAUAUCGUCAAUGAGCUGGAUGUAGACCACACGGGCACCAUCGACUUCCAAGAAUUUCUCGCUUUCAUGGCCCACAAGGUCGUGGAGACAGAUGACGAAGCCGAGCUUCGUGAGGCAUUCAGAGUAUUUGACCAAGAUGGAAGCGGCUCGAUCGAUGCUGAGGAAAUACGACGUGUUAUGAAAUCCAUCGGCGAGAACCUUACCGAUGAAGAAAUCGACGACAUGAUUAGGCAAGCCGAUGCUAAUGGUGAUGGAACGAUUGAUUACGAGGAAUUUGUUAAUUUACUCCAGCAGGCUUGAUAUGUAUCUCAUCUGAGGCUUUACUGUUAGGUUAUGCUACGGUUCCGCAGGGUUAGCUUUACUUGGUGUUACCACUUGCAAUGUUCUUGAGAGACAGUCUGUUACUACUAAAUCUAUCUUGCUUUAGCGAUAGGAGAAUGAAUUCAAGAAUUGCGCGACCGUAUCAAUCGUUCGAAACAUGGGCCUUCAGGACCUACUAAGAUAUUGACCACCCAAGCUCCUCACAUCCAGAAAGAAUAACCAUGGGUAUUGUAAUACAUUUCCCUUUCAGCAUGAACGGGUAACCUGCUAUCGCUUAAGCUACGCUAGUAUACUCAACCCCUUUUCCAGCAGGAAAUCUUUCCCAUGUUACCGAGAGCAUACUAGAGUACUUACUGGUUUCGGUUUAGAAGAUCAAUAAACUGAAUAUUCCAACAAAGGGAAUUGCUGUGAUAUGUAAUGCUAAGCGAACAAAAUAUAUGUGAAGACCAAUAUAAAACCA